GUGACUGCGCUGACACAGGUCAGGCUCAGGAUCAGGAUCCCCAGAGUGGAGGAGAGAGGAUGUGGGUAUGCUGACAUCUGCGAGCCAGCGGUUUCACUGGAAGACGACUGCAGGCUGACAGACGACGGCCUUGGCGACCUCGAAGAAACUCCGAGACAUGUAACUUGUCUAGAAGGUGCUUGUGUCCUGCAGGGCACCGCGAGGCUUAGCCAGUCACGCUGCCUCCUCGCCGCUCUCCGCCAUGAGGGGGCGCUGCUCUCGCAAACUGGGCCUGCUGGCCAAGGCCGGCUUCCUGCUGUGGCUGCUGUGGCUGGGCUACAUUCUGCUGGAGCGCUCGUCGUUCCCCCCCUCCGAGGACGAGGAAGACGAAGAGAGAGACAUUCGGGAGAGGCAGGUGGAGGUGGACCAGGCCGGGGCCGACGGGGUGCUGGCGAGGCCCCUCUACCUCAAGUCGGCCCCGGACAACAGCGCGCCGGGGGAGUGGGGCCGGGCGGCGCAUCUCAACCUCAGCCCGGAGGAAAAGAAGCUGGAGCAGGAGUCUGUGGAGCGCUACGCCAUCAACAUCUACGUCAGUGACAAGAUCUCCCUGCAUCGGCACAUCCAGGACAAUAGGAUGGCAGAAUGCCGUAGUAAGAAGUUCGACUACCGGCGUUUGCCCACCACGUCCGUGAUCAUAGCGUUCUACAACGAGGCCUUGUCCACCUUGCUGAGGACGAUCCACAGCGUGCUGGAGACCACGCCCGCCAUCCUGCUGAAGGAGGUCAUCCUGAUUGAUGACUACAGCGACCGAGGCUACCUGAAAUCCCAGCUAGCUGAAUACAUCAGCAACCUGCGACGCGUGCGCCUCAUCCGCACCAACCGCAGGGAGGGACUGGUCCGGGCGCGCCUCAUCGGCGCCACCUACGCCACGGGCGAUGUGCUCACGUUUCUCGACUGCCACUGUGAGUGCGUCCCUGGCUGGAUGGAGCCCCUGCUGGAAAGGAUCGCUGAGAACUCAAGCACCAUCGUGUGCCCCGUGAUCGACACCAUUGACUGGAACACCUUUGAGUUUUACAUGCAAACAGACGAGCCGAUGAUCGGAGGGUUUGACUGGAGGCUCACCUUUCAGUGGCACUCCGUCCCCAAAGUGGAACGCCAGAGGCGCAAGUCUCGCAUCGACCCCAUCAGGUCUCCUACUAUGGCGGGCGGCUUAUUUGCUGUGAGCAAGGCCUACUUUGAGUACCUUGGCACAUAUGACACAGGCAUGGAGGUGUGGGGAGGAGAGAACCUGGAGCUCUCCUUCAGGGUGUGGCAGUGUGGGGGCAAUCUGGAGAUUCACCCCUGCUCUCACGUGGGCCAUGUGUUCCCUAAAAAGGCCCCCUACGCCCGGCCCAACUUCCUGCAGAACACCGUACGGGCCGCGGAGGUUUGGAUGGACUCGUACAAGCAGCACUUCUACAACAGGAACCCUCCGGCCAGAAAGGAGAGCUACGGGGACAUCUCAGAGCGCCUGGUGCUGAGGGAGAGGCUGAAAUGCAACAGCUUUGACUGGUAUCUGAAGAACAUCUACCCUGAUCUACACGUCCCCGAGGACAGGACAGGCUGGCAUGGGGCUGUGCGCAACUCAGGGAUAUCUUCGGAGUGCCUUGACUACAACUCUCCAGAGCACAAUCCCACAGGUGCCCACAUCUCUCUGUUCGGCUGCCACGGCCAAGGAGGCAACCAGUACUUUGAAUACACGUCGCAGAAGGAGAUUCGUUUCAACUCGGUGACCGAGCUGUGCGCCGAGGUGGCCGAGGGGCAGAUCUCCAUCGGGAUGAGGCACUGCCCUCGAGACGGCGACAUCAAGCCUGCUAGCAUCAUCUGGGAUUUCAGACGGGACGGCACCAUCCACCAUCCCCACUCAGACAUGUGCUUGACGGCCUACCGCACGUCGGAGGGCCGCACGGACGCUCAGAUGAGGUGGUGCAAACCAGGAGACCCGAACCAGCGGUGGAAGUUUGAGUGGUAGAUUGGCGGGGGGGAGGAGUUCGGAAAGAAGCAGGGAAAACUCAAGUGACCUUCUGUGACCGUAGUGCAAUUACCACAGUGGAUACCUUGCCCGCUGCUCCCACUUCUCUCGCUCUCCAAGCGCGCACUUCAUUUGAAUGGGGCGGCGCUGAAAAAGUCACUCGGAAGAGAGCGACUCAACCAGUUCAGUGCUUUUACGUCCAUAUGAGCGGCAACAAGUGCAGAUUGGAGCGGAGAGAAGCACAAUUGUGUGUCGAGGUUUAGGUGGAAACCAGCAUUUAUUUUAUUUUAUUUUAUUUUAUAUCGCUUUUUCUUUCAUCCAAGUGCCUCUGCAACCAAAACGGAGUACAUCGCACACCUGAAGUGUCAUUAUCGUCGUGUGUUCUUGCAGCAACUUGAAAGCGGUGAAACUGAUUUGGCUGUGAAGAAGUGCCUUCAAAGACAAAGAGAGAGAGAGAGAGGAGACGGUUUCCUUGAAAAACUAGCUGCAGAUACAUGUUGCACUAGAGAUUGUCACCUUAAUGUGCAAUUAAUGUUGUUAUUGUUAAAUAGUCAUGAUCAAUUGUUACGCUGCUGAGAGAAGAUGUGCCAGGAAUGUAAGGUCAGCAGUGUUUUGCCCCAAACUAGUUACUUGCUAACAAGCUCCAUCAUGUGAGAAGAAAACCGAGAAUUGAGGGCUGCGGUCAUACUACACUGCCUCCCAAUUCCGUCUCGUCUCAGUGGAGCUGGUUUCAUGGCAGAACACUGUCUGAACAAGACUUGAAGUGUUCACUAAGCAUUUUAACUAAGUGCAUUUUGCCCCAGAGGGUUCAGUCAACUGACAGGAAGACAGACGGGAACAUUGUAAUCUAUUCUUCCCUGAUGUGUAAAGUUGAAAAUACACUUUAAUUAUCUUUUGCUAUGCUUAAAAAAAAAUCAUGUGUGCCAUUUGAGCAUUUGAAAUGCUGAAAAAAAGUCUUGAUUAUCGUGAUUUUAUCGAGUCACAAAAAGCCUUAAAAUAAGCAUCUCCGUGCCACUGUUUUUGUUGAUACUCCUGUGUGUAAACUCUACUUGAAACUGAAUCAAAAACACUCCUGCUUUAUCCCCCCCGUCCUCCAUGUUCGGUCUGUGUGGCCCUUUGAAUUCAUAAAUAUAGGAUAUUCAUACUGGUCAAUGGAUACAGUACAGCACUUAAGCAUGUAAGACAUUUCCAAUUUAGUGUAACCUUUUGUGAAUAAUGUUUGGUUUAAGGGACAGAGGGAAACGGGGACAAUGCCCCUCUAAAACUACUGAUGAUGCAAAAGGGAAGGGAAGAAGAGGAGGUGUUUAACUGGGAUGAAUGUUGGGAAAAAAAGAUUGAAGCUGUUGGGAUGAUUGAAAGAAUAAAAAAACAAAGUUAACCACAAA